GGUUGUUGAGAGUAAAGCUGGUAAAGGGGAGGAAACUCCAUCCAAGGAGGAUGAUGGGGCUCAGAGAGAGAUGCCAGCUCAGACUGAUCAGGAGAAUCAGGAGAUUGUGGUAGACCUAAAUGACAAGUCAGAAAAUGAAGUGGAAGUUCCGAUUCCUGAAACCCAGGAACAACCAAAGAAAAACUUGGCAGAUAAUCCACAGCAACAGCAGGACCAGCCUCCCAAACCACAGGAUCAGCCUCCCAAACCACAGGAUCAGCCCACCCAACAACAGGAACAGCAUCAGGAACAGCCUCAAGAGCAUCAGGAACAGCCUCCACAACAGCAGGAACAGCCUCCACAACAGCAGGAACAGCCUCCACACAAAGCAAGUGCAACCUCCCCAAAAGCAAGUGCAACCUCCCCAACAAGAGCAGCCACCACAGCAACAUGCACAGCAAUCACAGGAGAGUGGUAGCCAACAGCAACAACAGCAGCAAGAUCAACAGCAUUUCCAGCAGCAGCCUACUGGACACAAACUUGAUGUAGUUUUGGCAAAGGGUUUAGAUCCUAACCAAUUUAUUCAGCAACAGCAACAAGGUAACCAACAGCAGCAACAUCAACAUGUAGGUCAGCAACAGCAGCAGCAACAUCAACAACAGCAUGUGGAUCCACCUCAAGAUUCUCAUCACCACCAUCAACAGUAUCAGGAUCAAAAUCAGCCCCAACAAACAGAUCACCAUCACCAUCAACAACAUCAAACAGAACCUCACCGCCAUCAAAGUAAUGAUGUUCACAAACAGACACCUCCACCAUCAGACACUGUCACAGACAUGCCGGCUGUUGUCAGUCAGCCUCCUGCCACAGAGCAGCCUCCAGUCCAGGACUUCACUGGUAAGCCCACUGACAUCCCUGAUGCAGACGUAAUUGAUUCCAAGCCAGAACUGGCAAAACUUCAAACUGACAGUGAAGAUGCUGGUAGUACUGUGGAGGGGAUCAUGAAGACUGACACAACAGACGACAAACAAAAGGAAAGUGAAGAACAAUAUGGUUUUGAUGCCACGACAUCACAACAAAGACAGUCACUGGAACCAGUUGACAUUGCCUUCACCCCUGGAGACAUCUCUACGUCUAGUCAGUCUGACUUAUCCCCCAGUAUGGAGGAAAGGGUGAUGACAACAGACUCAAUCCCAACUCCCACUCUAGACAUCAAGGCAACUCAGGUGGAGGACCAGACAGCUACUGGAACAGAGGAACAGAAUCUGAGGCAAACAGUGAUCGAUGGGACCACAAUUCCUUUGUAUGAUGACAUGGAAGGAGAUUUUGGACUGACAACUGCACAGGAUCAAGAAACAUCGUCUGAAUCUGUGGCUGAGGUUUCAGCUUCAGAGUCUCAGUACAAAGCAGAUCUUACUGACUUGCCAUUUGCUGAAGAACCAUCAGAUUUCACGUACACACAGGAUGAAGAGCCAAAGCAAGAGCAGGAACAAAAGGAAGAAGUUAAAGACGUAGGACAGGAAGAAGUAAAGGAAGAAGAAAAGACCACUGUGGCUAACCCUGAGAAAAUAUUAGUUAAUGAUACCCAGAAUACUGAGGAACCUCCCCUUCACAUUGAACCAACUGCUGAUCAGAUAUAUCAUGGUGAUGACUUUCUGUCACGCAAACCUCUAUCUGUGGGUCAAGGUCAUCCCCCUCAAAACCAAGUUCAAGGUAAACCUGAAGAAGCCAAACCACCAGUUGAACCAUCUCAAGCUACUGAAAUCCCUGGGUCAACCUUGGCCUAUGACAUCACCACACCUCCAUCAGAUUUUGGUGAAAUUCCACCACCACUUUCUGAAGCUAGAAGGUUGCCAACUGAUGAGGAGCAAGGAGGUGCAGCUGACGCUCAGAUUAAAGCACCCCCAGUAGAAGAUCCCUACCAGACAGGAUCUCACAACAGCCGGCAGUUCACCGAGGACCACUUGGAGGAGGAAACGGUAGCUGGAGAAGGAGGAGGUCUGAUGGCAAGUCUGGAGUCCAGCCUGAAGGCCAUCAUUGUAAAGCUGCCCCCAUCCCUGCAGUCCCUCCUGGAGCAGGAACCACUUGGACUGUCGCCAACACUCUUUGUUCUGGUUACCAUAGCAACGAUGAUAUCCUUUGCCACCAUCAUGUUAUGUGGCUGUAUCUGUGGGGGGGGCAAGCAAGUUACAAGGAAGGACCCACUUGUUGUUGUCCGUGAGAUUGAGGAGAAGCUGUUCAUUGCUACCAAGGAGAAGGAGAACUUAGAGGACCAGCUACAGCUGAUACAGAGUGAGAAAAAACACAUUGAGGAGCAGCUGAUGUCCCAGGAGACGACCUCAGGGGGUGUGCAGACCGAACUACAGAAUGUCAAGCUUCACAAUGAGGCUCUGAAAACCCAGAUGAUGAGGCUGGAGGAGCAGGUGGACGACCUCACAGGUCAGGUGUCCUCUACCAAGGGAGACACUCAGUCCAAGGACAAGCAGGUUAAAGACUUACAUAAGCAGAUUUCUAAAUUAGAAGAAAAGAAUAAGAAAUCAGAGGAACAGUUACAAAAGAAAUCAAAGGAACUGAAGGAUAUGGCGGAAGACACGGAUACUCUGAAGGGACAGAUCAAGAGCAUCUCGGAGCAGGUGAAACAGCUGGAGACGAGGAAACAACAGCUGCUGUCGGAGGCUGAUGACUGGAAGGAGAAGGUGGAGGAUCUGAAUGAGAGGCUUCGUCAGAACAAGGAAGAGUUCAAACAGAUGCAAGAGACAGUCGCCUUCAAGGACAAUGAGAUGGAGGUCCUGAAGGACUGUUUCCGGCAGCUGAAGGUUCUGGAGGGGAAUGAUGAGGAUGAAGUGGACCAGACCCAGGUUGAGGAGAAGAUACAGAAGAUGAUGGAUGUCUCUAGAGUGAAUGCAUCCCUCCGGGCGUUACAAGACGAGCAUGACUCUGUAGAGAACAGACUGCAGAUAGAGACAGAUGGAAGGAAGGAAGUAGAAGACCAGCUGGAGAAGUGUCGGCGUGACAUGGAGACGCUGCAGACAGACAAGAUGAAGGCAGACCGGCAGUGCUUGGAGGCUCAGACUAAACUCAACGUAUUGUCCAACUACUUCAAGGAGAAGGAAACCCAGCUUCAGAGAGAGCUUGGUGAGCAUGAAGCGCUAAAGAAACAGAACGUCAACAAGCUGGAGAACAUCGAUGAACGUGCUCGUCUGAUGGAGGAGGAGGUCGAGAUGUACAAAGCACAGGCAGAAGGAUUGAAGAGGGAGCUGGCAUCCUCCGAGAGAGAUUUCAGACAGCAGAUUUCUGCAAAUGAGAAAAAGGCUCAUGAAAACUGGUUAGCAGCCCGAGCUGCAGAGAGAGAGCUGAAGGAGGUCCGCCAUGAUGCCGGGGUGUUACGUCAGAAGUUGACAGAGCUGGAGCGGCGACAGAUGAUGGGACCAGGGGGUUUGAUACGCCCCCUGCCGACACGAGGCAUGCCACCCCCAGGCAUGAUGAAUGGCCCCCCUUCCCCUCCCGGCAUGGAGAGGUCCCCAUCAAGAGGUUCUAUACCCCCUCCUCACCUCAGGGAUGAUGACUUCCGUGGAUCUCCUCAUGACAGACUCCCUCCCCCUCCAGAUCGACGCCCUCCACCCCCAGGUGCCAGGUUACCUCCCCACAUGCCCCCAGAUGGCAGAUCCCCACCCCCUGGUCGGAUGAUACAGGAAGGCAGGUCCCCACCCCCGUUUGACCGACGUCCCCCUCAUCCUAUGGACAGGAGGACCCCACCCUACAGACCACCACCCCGGACAUGAUGCCUGGUCCUCGAGGUCCCCACCUCCCUUCAGUCCUAAUUCCCCACCCCCAAGGAUGCCUCCCCCUCAUUUAAUGGACCCAAGGAUGGGCCCAAGAACAUCUUCUCCUAAUGUACGCCCCCCAACCCCAAGCCGUGAUGGUAGACCGCCAAGACAGCACAGCCAAGUAUGAAGACACACCCCUCCUGACUGUCAGUCACCCAGAGUGGGCGGGCUCACUGCAAUAUGUUGUCCAAUGUGUGAAAGGGAAUGUGAAUGAGUGACCAAUCAGAGCCACACAGGGCAUGAUGUUGAAGACAGUGUGUCUACUCACUGCCAUAAGCUCAUUUUAGAGUUGUUACUUGUUGAUUUUCAUUUUAGCUACAUAAAUCGAAUGGUGAUUGUAUAUUUCAUCGUAAAGAACAUUGAAAACUAAGAAUGACAUUCAUUGAGGAAGAAGGAUUCUUUUCUUUCAAGAAAGUGGAAGUUUCUAAUUAUGUUCAUUGCUGUGAUUACCUGUCCACAACCAUAUUACAUUGUCACAUUUACUGACUCAGUUUUCUGGGAAAAAUCUUGUAAUAUAGUUAUUCUGUCUACAUUUGUUUGUGAUGAUAAUGGUAGAAUUUCUUCCAGUUACUUGUCACUUAUUAUUUGAGUAUUGAGAAAAGCCAUAUCUAAGAUUGAGAUACAGAGCUUGAUGAUUAAUGGAGUUUAAGCUGUGCAUGACUCCGACCUGAAUGAAUUGGAGUGUGAGGUAACAACUGCAACAGUGAAGAAAUUGGUAGACCAUGAACACAUGAAACCCUAUAUGGAUAACAACUGGGCUACUGUCUGAUCUUCAUCACGUGAUGAAGCAGCCCUUGGAAACUUACAAACAACGAUGUCAAAAUGUUUCAGGUUGUUAUGGUAACGGCAUUGCCCAGUAUGCUCCCAUUAUGGUCUGUCAUGUCAUAGGCCGGCUGUGUAUAAGCAAUCUGAUCAUAGCUGAGGUUGGUGUGGAAACUGAGCUGUCAUGGAGCUUUUCUCCAUAUUUGUGAACAGAUGAUCAAAAUGGAACUCAUAUUUGGGGGUUCGAUGAAAUAAAGUGGCUGAAAUUGAAAUGCUCAUUCAUCUCAGCUGUUGAUGACAGAGGUGUUGAUGUAAAAGAAAAGUAGGACUGACAUUUUUUCACUGUUUGCGCACAUUCUGUGACUGUUUUUAUAGGAAUUCUUGAAAGUAAUACCUACAGUAGUAAGGUACUUUAGUUUGGGUGCAGCCAUCUUAACACGCAGAAUGUGCACCAGUUGUGGUUAAAUACUGUAUGGUGUUGAAAUUUCAUAUUACUUCACGUAAAGGCAGUUGGUGUCAAGUUUAUAUGGAGAAAAAACAAACUUACAAUCCUGAGAGAAUUCUGAUUGACAGUUUAGGUUGGAAACCAUCUCAGCGUGAUCAGUAUUCAUAUCGGCGACAGUGGAUGGAGGGAGAGCUCAUAUGCCAUGUUUACAGCCGAGGUAACUCUGUCUGUGUAUACUACAAUGUCCUAGUGUAUGAUCAAAGCCAAACCACUGUUGAUAUAUGACAUUAUUUAUUCUGUAUACUCCUGUUACAGUAGGCCUGAAUGUCUCAGUGUAACGCAGGUAGUGUGUUGAAAUUGUUGCCAUUAUCUCUUGAAUGGGAAAUCACAAGCUGAAUAUACCACUAGUCAUUUCUUACAGCAAAUCAUUGCCAUGUUCGUAUGUGCUAGCCUUAAAGGUCCUAGAUCCUGUUCCACAAAGUGAUCGUAAAGCUAAGAUGAUUGUAACAACCAUACUUUAACAUUGACUUACGACAGUCGUAGCGCUACAAUCGCUUUGAGUAACAGGGCCCUGUACAACAUGUAUACACAUUGUCCUGGUGCCAUAACUCAGUCAGCUUUGAUUAUCAAGUGUAUCUCAUCUCCAGUUUAUUAUCAUAUAUAUCAAGGGCAUAUUUUCACCAAAUCUUCAUUUGAGUCUGGGGCUGGUGAGGUAGCCUAGUGGUUAAUUGGCUCAUCACGACCGAAGGUCCAGGUUCGAUUCCCCACAUGGGUACAAUGAGUGCAGCACAUUUCUGGUGUCCCCCGUCUUGAUAUUGUUGGAAUAUUGCUAAAAGCGGCACAAAACCCAAGUCACUCACUCAAUCAUUUGAAUCUGGUUCAAAAUCUCACUCCAUAUACGUGCCUCAGAGGAAAACUGUUAAAAGUUUGUGAUUAGAGACUUGAAUAUGGUGACAAAACGUUCUUAAUAAAUCUAUAGUUUUCAAUGGGUCCAGAGUGUAUAUUGUAAUAAAAUGGAGAUAUUAUUCACUGAGAUAGGAGAAUAAUACAUUGUUGACUUCCUUUGAGGACAUUAUCUCAGUUCACAUGUGCUAUUAACUGUAAGAAUCACUUUUGUCAAAUACUUUUCUGUAAACUGGUGCUAUCAUACUUUAGAUAAUAAGAAUUGAGAACAUUGACAACCAUUUGCACAAAAUUAACUGAAACAUUCACAUCACAUAAGAAUAUUUCAAAGUUGUGAGUUUAGUGCCAUGGCUAAUGGUUUCCUGGUAUAGUUCUAAGCUGGUGAGGGCAUGACCUUUAUGGUUUGAAAAUACAGUAUUUGAUUGUACCAAUUAUAAAUAUGAUAUUGAAUAAAUAUAAUAAAUGUAGAAUGAGUGUUGUACUGUUUUGACAUGUUAAUAAAAUUCAUUUUGAUGUAAAUUUUUCAUUAAUUAUAUGUAAAUAUCAGGUUUUGUUUGUAAAUAUGAAAGGAGAGUUCCACGUUUAACAUAUUCUGGUAGAAAGUCCUCUAUGUCGAUUUUGAUGUUUUUAUUUAUCACAUAUUUUGUGCGUAUUGUGAGAAGAAAAAUAAGAAACAUUAUUUCCAGAGCAUCACAAUUUCAGAUUUUGUCUUUCACCAAAAUGAUAUUUGAUUUUUGAGAAGGGUAUAUAGUUGAUUUCAUAUUGAUCCUGUAAUAUUUACAAAAGACCAAAGAUAUUUUUCUUUAAAAUUUAAGGCACUUGUUACUUAGAGCACAGGUGUGGCUAUCUGCAUCAGUCUAAAACAUUGAUGGGUCCCCAAGUGAAAGCAGGAUUAUUCUUUGUCUGAAAAACAACCUUAAAAUCAGAAUUUUAGCAACCAUUUUUGAAACAUUCAAAACAGAAAUAGCUAGCAUACUUUAUUGGGUUCAAAUGUUCUGCAGUUUGGUAGCAGACCUAUAUACAUUUUGUACCUGCUUAAACAGCUGGUUUCUAUGCUGAGUGAAUUUAACAAAGCCGCAUGUUUACAACUGGAACAAACACUUUUAAAAUUGUAAUUUUGUUUGGUGCAUUUUGUGGAAAAACUAGACAUUUUGGGGUAAUAUGGUUAGAUCAUCAAUGUAUUGAUGAUGAAAAUAUCAGUGAAUAAAUACAUUGUACUCUAAACAAUGAAAGAGGUUUUCACAAUUUGAAGAAUUGUAGAUAGUUUGAUCAUUGGUUGCUUAACUUUUUACAAUCAGUAUACAUGGUCUGUGUUGCAUCAUUAAUCUUAACAUGCUCAGUAACAGAUCUGCUUAUCAAGCAGUUUGCAAGAGGUCUGUGGGGUUAAAGCAUUUAAUAUCAGGUGACAGACAUCCCACUGGAAUGAUGCCUUGCACCAAGAGUAAAAUCUGUAUUGUCUCUGUUCCCAAAAUGUUUAAUGAUGCUGAGGAACUUCUGACUAAGUGACAUGAUCUGUUUCAAACAUCCUGUUGAAAACAUUUGACAUGAAACAUUGUAUGGACAACUGCAUAUCUUACAGGUUUCUCUUAUGUUUCUGUAAAUGAUGCUAAGGACUUUUAGACUCGAAAGAUGAUAACCAGAUAUUCCUGAAUUAAACAUGUAAAUUUCAUACCUAAUUAUCAAAUAUCAUGAUAUUGAUUUUUUUACAAGUGAGUAUAAAAACCCUUCACAUUGUCGCUCUUAAAAAUGAAUCAUGUUUUGUAAUUAACAAAAAUUGAUUAAUUAGUUGAAACUCUCAGAACAGCUAUCAUGUGCUAAUUGACAUUUUCUUUAUGAUUGUUAAGAUCCAGUGUUUCACCAGUUCCUCUAUGAACAUAACUAAAUGGUUUUAGCCAGAAAGUGUAAAAAAAAACCCUGUAUUCUCGCUCGUUACGAUUAUCUUUAAAUAUAUAUAUAUAGAAUAUUUCCAGAUGUUUUAUACCUUUGAGUACAUAUAACAGAUUAAGACACUGCAAUAGUGCAGGGACUGUAGGCCUUUCUUUCAGUCACAUUAAUUCUACAUUUGUCCUUGUAAAUAUUCUAGUGACAAGUUACAUAUACUACUACUUUCGUGCUUUACUGAAUUCUCUAUCAUAUACUGUGAUGCCCCUCUUGUCCUGACUUAUAGUUGUGUGUGACAGCUGCCUACAUGAUUACACAAUCUGGCUACAGCUGUCCCGAAACCAGAACUUCAUUUAUACGGUCUAAUUGACCAAGUCUGGAUAAGUGGGGUGGCACUGUAUUGAUUGGCAGUGUGUUAAGUAUCUAGUCUGAGUGUUGGUUGUAUCAGCCCAGUGGUGUCAGUCUUGUGUCAUAUCUGUACAUAAUCAUCUCAUGUCAUUAAACAAUUACAUUUUAAAA